AUGGUUUCCACUUCCAUUGAAACGCGGCUAUUCAUCAACGGUAAAUUCCGACCGUCUUCUAGCAAUGAGACCUUUGAUCUCUUAUCCGCGAAAUCUGGCUUGUUAUUAGCUAAAGUAUAUGAAGCGACGACGGAGGAUGUAGACGACGCCGUAGCGGCAGCCAAAGCCGCCUUCCCAGCAUGGGCGGCUCUCUCCCCAUAUGAAAGAGGAAGAUAUCUUGUGCGGCUUGCCGAUCUCAUCGCGGAAUCUGAUGCAGCAUUGGCUAGGCUGGAAGCUGAGUCUAUGGGUAGGCCAGUGUCGACAUACUUUGAUGCGACUGCGGGUUCCAAGUAUUUCCGCUACUUCUCUGAGGCUGCAUAUCCUCAGGGAGGUUCCAGUUUGAACACACCAGGAUUCGUGAACAUCACCUUGAAGCAGCCGGUAGGUGUUGUUGCUGCCAUUAUUCCUUGGAAUGCGCCUCUCGUUUUCUUUUGCAAGAAGCUGGCGCCAGCUUUGGCCGCAGGCAAUACCGUUGUUCUCAAGAGCAGUGAGAAAGCGCCCUUGACUUCCCUGUAUGUUGCUGGUCUCGCUCAAAAAGCCGGCUUCCCUCCAGGGGUCCUCAACGUUCUCUCUGGCCACGGCCCCAUCUCAGGCGCGGCGCUUGCAUCGCAUAUGGAUGUUCGAGCUCUGACAUUCACCGGCUCCAACCGCACGGGAAAAUUAAUUGCCAAGAUGGCUACUGAUUCCAAUAUGAAGAAGUUGAUAUUCGAACUCGGCGGCAAGUCGCCCGCGAUCAUUUUCGACGACGCUGAUAUCGACGCCGCAGCGCGGGAUACCCAGUUCAGCAUCCAGCUCAUCAGCGGACAAACCUGCAUGGCGAAUUCGCGCAUCUAUGUGCAGCGCAACAUUGCGGAAUCCUUUAUCGACAAGUUCAAGACGUUGUUCACGUCUGCUCGGUUGGGCGAUCCGACUGAUCCCAAAGUAAACCAUGGGCCGCAGGCGGAUAAGAUCCAGCACGCUACCGUACUACGAUAUAUCGAGCUGGGUAAGAAGACUGGGAAGUUGAUUACCGAAGAGCAAUCCGCUUCCGGCCUGUAUAUCAACCCUACAAUCUUCAGGGACGUCCCUGAGGACGCGCAAAUCAUGAAGGAAGAAAUCUUCGGUCCAGUGGUUAUCAUAAACAUGUUCGACACAGAGGCAGAGGCUGUGGCUAACGCGAACAAUACCGAACAUGGUCUAUACGCAGCGGUGUAUACUAAAGAUCUGGAUCGGGCGAUGAGAGUUGCCUCGAGGUUGGAGGCGGGUACGGUGGGGGUGAACUGCACGAGCCCGACGAAGGGGGAUGACAUGCCAUUUGGCGGGCAGAAGGGGAGUGGUUUGCAGAGGGAGAGUUACAUACAUAGUAUGGAGACGUUCAUGGAGACGAAGUCGGUUUUGAUUAAGGUGGCAGGGCUGUGA